UUCAAUAAAAAUGGGCAUUCGCGAUAAGACGAAUGUUUUUCAUCACAAAAUCGAUGGGUUCGCUAAUCAUUUCAAGUGAACGUUUCGCAAUGAAAAGAACGAACUUUAGUGUUCCGGCAUAAAUGAAUUUAUUGUUCAUUUUUAUUGUUAUACCUGAGUGUGUGGGCCUCAUUGCUAGUGAAGAGGAGGGAAAUUUUGUGGCUGUUGGAGGGAAUCGAAGGGCUUCAGUCUGUAAAUUCGGUGAUUAUGAGUACUGGAUGUUCAAGCAGAGGAGGACCUGGCCGGAGGCUGUUCUCCAAUGCGAAAAAGAGGGUAUGGAGAUCGCCGAGGUCAGAACGAUGGACGAGGCGAAGAGGCUUGCUCAAAUUAUGAUGAGAAAUCGACCGGAAGCAAUUGAGAGUGCAUGGAUCGGCGGCUACGCGAAGAACAAGACCCGCGGUAUCACCUGGCGAUGGAUAUCCACAAACGAGGAAAUAUCGCAGGCAAUCCUGUGGAGGGGACCCCAAAAAACGAUUAAAAAAUCGUCAGUCAGGGGUUGUCUGCUGUUUGACUGGCACCACUGGGAGGAGCCGGCGUUCAUCGAGUCGCCGUGCGAUAGACGGCGGGAGUACAUCUGCCAGCGGAUGACGAACGAUGCGGCUGCUCAAACCGAGAGACCCUCCGGCCAUCAAGUGACUCCCACCACUUCGCAGACAACAACUCCUUCGACAGUUACGACCUCACCAAUGACUACGAAAAUUUCCUCGAGGAUGAAUAUAAAAUUCUCCUCAACAUCAACGAAAAUUGCUGAUGAUGACCGUAAUUUUACAACAGUACUUCCCAUGACUUUCAUAAAGAGGAAUAGAAUUCAAACGACUACGGUGAAACUUUAUUACCAGGAGAGAGAAAAUGAGGAUUAUUACAAUUAUGACGAGAUGGAUGACUCGAGUAGAUCAAUGACAAGCACAAAAACACCGUUAGAACCCACAACGAUAAAGACGACAAGUUCUCUUGUAUUUUCUCCAGAGGGAGAAGAAGAAAUUUCGGUCACGAGUCCGGUCGUUUUCCAUGCGAAACCUGAACCGCGAAAGGACGCGAAGCCGGGGAAAUCCCUGAAACUUUAUUACGCGUUCGAGGGCCCAAUCGUUGGGGGCUUGAAUGUGAACGAAAACGGAGGAUCAGAUUCUCGUUCCCGGCGGAAGUAUCAGAAGUACGUUGCAGUCAAGAAGAAACCAUUCGGAUCAAUUCCUUCCCAGGUCAGAGAGAGAAUUUUCUGGGGAUGAGUAAUUAGAGAAAGACUU